AUGGUUGUGAGAGUACAGAGCGCCAUCAGCUCUCAGCGUCCAUCUCGUCCAUUUUGGUCAUUUUGGUAGUUUCGUCGUUGUUGUAGUUGUAUGUUGCCGGUCUCUUGUUACGAAAAGUAAAUUUAAAAACAGCCGUUUAACCUAUUAUAACAAAAAAUGGCUGAUUCAGUAACAGCAGCAUCACCUGCAGUAGUUUCUGCUGCUCCAGCUAAUGGUGCUGGUGAUGCUAAUAAUGGACCACCACAGAAUCGAGGAGGUGGAGGCCGAGGUCGAGGAAUGGGUCGAGGAGGUCCACCACGAGGUAGAGGAGGCUUUAUGAGAGGAAGAGGUGGACCGGGAGGUCCUCCUGGCAGAGGUGGUAUGAUGAGAGGAAGGGGAGGACCAAGAGGAGCUCCAAGAGGUGGACCUAGAGGAGGGGGUAUGGUAAAUUUAGGAGGUGGUAUGGGUGGUCCUGGUGGCGACGUUAAACCUGGGGGAGGUUUUGGCGGCAGAGGUGGACGUGGAGGAAUGGGAGGUAUGAGAGGUGGCCCUGGUGGACGAGGUGGACCCGGUGGUUUUCGAGGCGGCAGAGGUGGUCCUGGAGGUGGAGGGCGAGGCGGUCCUGGAGGUCGAGGCAUGGGUCGUAUUGGCGGUGGUGACCGAGGCGGCAGAGGACAAGCUCCAUUCCGCAGGGGAGGACCACCUGGAGGAAAUGGGCAAAUGCCCCACAAGAGACCAAUGGGUAUGGGUGGGCCUGGUGGGAAACGACCUAGAUUUGAUGAUCAACAAGGUGGUUCCAAUGGUUAUGGACAAAGUAGGCAACAAAAUUAUGGCAGCGGCGGAGGUGGUGGUGCUGGAGGUGGUUAUGGAUCUCAACAACAAUCUCAACCUUAUGGUCAAUACAGUCAAUCUGCAUAUGGAGGGCAGCAAUCUGGCGGAGGGGGUGGAGGUAGCUAUAGCGGCGGUGGUGGCGGCGGCUAUGGACAGUAUGAUACGUCGAAUUAUGCAGGUGGUUAUCAAGCUGGCGGCGGAGGUGGAGGCGGGGGACCCUAUGGAAGUGCAGGAGAUGCAUAUUCGUCCGCUUAUGGAGCACCACCACCCGCCCCUUCAGAUGGCUACGGUACCGGUGGUUACAGUAGUGGGGGUGGUUAUAGUAGUCAAGGCAGUGGAGGCGGAUACGACAGUCGGAGUGGUUACGCUUCUGGAGGAUACGUUUAACACCUGACAGCUCUGGGUGAAAAAACUACAUGGAGGGGCACGCCACCGUGAAAUGGAGGCAUACUCAGGAGGAUAAAACAGGUUUUUCUUAUUUUUGAAAUUUACAUAUAAAGUAGACCUAAAAAAGUCGGAUUAUGAUUUUUUUAAACAGAAAGCUUUUUCAAAAAUUUUAUCGAAACGUAAUGGUAUAUGAAAAGCCAAAAAGUAAGGAAAUUAUAGUUCAUUGUCUUUUUUUCUUUUCAUGGUGUACAAAAUUCAAGUAAUAAUCUUAUAUUAAUUUGCACAUGAACAUAUUUUUCUGAAUUUAUGUUUAUAAAAUGAACGUUCACAGAAAAGAUAUUUUAAGGGAUUAAAAGGUAUAUUAGCGUUGUCUGAAGGAAGGUAAGAAAUUAAUAACUGAUCGCAUAAACUGUGAUAUAUUUUUACUAUAUAAAUUGUUUAAAUAUUUUCUACUUUUUCCAUUUAGUAAAAACAUUUCUAAGAAAA